AUGUCCAGGGGCAGCCGCAAGACCCCAGGGGAUGGACGGGUCUCCCACCUACGCACCUACGCUAUAGAGGACCCCUGCAGUAGAGGAUCUGCUCUCUCUCCACUAUUCCCCCCUGUGCUGGUUGGUGUUGGUGACAGCAUCCGACCUGCUAAGCCCGGGCUGGUCGGACAGUCAGGGCGCUGCGCUGCUGCUCAGGCCGCUGAAGAUGUCUUGAAAGGUUCAAACGGGCAGGGUCUGUGUUGUUCUAUUGGGCAGCAAAGGUCAGGACGGGAUCGAUUCAAUCUUGUGCAGAGUCAAAGCGCACUUCAUUUCACCUCCAACGAUCGAAAAGACCAACAGAAGAAGCUGAAUGGAAGCAAGCUAGCUUCUGCAAAGCUACGAUACUUUGGUCUUGGCAUGUCAUUUCUAGUUCCAGAAUGA